GGCGCGGCGGCCAGUGCGGACUGCGGUUCCUGCCCGGCGCGGGCGCUGUGACUGCUCCUCCGGGGCGGACUGGCGGCUCUGCAGCGCGUCGGCGCCUCUCGUGCGGGGACUCCGUGGCGUCGCAUUCCCUCGCAGCGGGAGACACGCACCUGGAGCUCGGAGCGCAGCUCUCAAGGGCUGGCGGCCACUGCGGCGCUUGCUCCGGUCCCCGGCGCAGUCCGGAUCGCCGCGGCCGCCCGGUGCGCCCGGGAGAGUGCGCCGCCGCGAGUGCGGUAGAGCCGAGGCGGCAAGGACCAGGCGGAUCCUGCGCCCGCUGCCACCGGCCACCGAGGACCAGCCCGGCUGCGCGUGGCGGAGUUGCAGCGCUUCUUAGCGCGCCGAAGCCCCAGAAGACCCCUGCCUCCUGCGAGCCAAACAACCUGAGCCCUUCCUUCUAUAUUUUCAACAGUGGAACAUAGCUUGGAGCUGGGAAGAGGCCAAGGAAGGAGGAGAGGGGCUCUCCCAUAACAACAUUUGAACGGGACACAUUACUAGAACUCAGAAGUACUUUUGGACAAGCAUUCCUCCAAGGAGGACGAAGCCUCUAGACCCAUGUGAGCGCCUGUGAAGAGUUGCCUCCAGCCAGCCGCUGGCCACCCCAGCUCCCACCAUGGGCCCUGCAGGAAGCACCCUGAGCAGCGGGCACAUGCAGAUGCAGAUGGUCCUGUGGGGAAGCCUGGCUGCUGUGGCCAUGUUCUUCCUCAUCACCAUCCUCAUCUUUCUGUGCUCCAGCUGUGACAGAGAGAAGAAGCCGAAGCAGCACAGUGGAGACCACGAGAACCUGAUGAAUGUGCCUUCGGACAAGGAGAUGUUCAGCCAUUCAGCGACCAGCCUGACCACAGAUGCUCUGGCUAGCAGUGAACAGAAUGGGGUGCUCACCAAUGGAGACGUUCUUUCAGAAGACAGCACCUUGACUUGCAUGCAGCAUUAUGAGGAAGUUCAGACCUCGGCUUCAGAUCUUCUGGACUCCCAGGACAGCACCGGAAAGCCCAGGAGUCAUCAGAGCCGGGAGCUGCCCAGGAUCCCCCCAGAGAACGCUGUGGAUGCAAUGCUCACAGCCAGGGCUGCGGAUGGGGACUCGGGCCCUGGAGUGGAGGGACCCUACGAGGUUCUCAAGGAUAGCUCCUCCCAGGAGAACAUGGUGGAGGACUGCCUGUAUGAAACUGUGAAGGAAAUCAAGGAGGUGACGGACAAAGGGCAGGCUGGCAAGUCCAAGUCCACUUCUGCCCUGAAGGAACUUCAGGGGCCACACACAGAGGGCAAAGCCGACUUUGCUGAAUACGCCUCCGUGGACAGAAAUAAAAAGUACCGCCAGAGCAUCAACGCCGAGAGCAUCCUGGGAACUUCCAGUGACCUGGAAGAGGAAGCCCCACCACCUGUCCCCGUUAAACUUCUAGAUGAGAACGCAAACCUUCCAGAGAAGGGAGAGAGGGGGACAGAAGAGCAAGCUCCAGAGGAGACCAGUGGACACAGCAAGAGAUUUAGUUCCUUGUCAUACAAGUCUCGGGAAGAAGAUCCGACUCUUACAGAAGAGGAGGCGAUGUAUUCCUCAGUGAAUAAACCCGCACAGUCAGCACACAAGCCCGGACCAGCUCUGAAGGGGCCAGAGUUUACCUGCCACUCGAAGCAGGGACCCCCUCAGAGGUCAUCAUCUUCCUGUAACGACCUCUAUGCCACUGUGAAGGACUUUGAGAAAUCUCCCAACAACAUCAGCACACUUCUGCCAGCAAGGAGGCCCAGUGGGGAACCAGAGCCUGACUAUGAAGCCAUACAGACUCUAAACAGAGAGGAAGAAAAGGUCCCUCUGGAGACCAACGGCCACCUCGUCCCCAAGGAGAAUGACUACGAGAGCAUUGGGGAGUUGCAGCAGUGCAGAGAUAUCACCAGGCUCUAGAAACCCAGAAAGUAGUCCCAAAGAGCCUGUGAUCAGCACCCACCCGGGACAGCUCUGCUAGAAGUGACAUCAGCCUCAUGUCGCUCUAGUUAACCGAAGUCAAGUACAGGUUCACAGCUGUUCCUCAGCUUCUAAAACAGUAAGGUAUAGCCCCCCCGCCCCCCGUCAGGGCAGGACCCCAUGCUCACAAGAAACCCUGAGUACCUGGGGCCUCCCGCAUCCCAAAGAGGAAGGCAGGCUGUGAGGGGAAGCUCCACCCACCAAUGAUGCGAUUCCUUCUGCCUGGAAUACCGCCCUGCAGACCAGCCAGGGUUUUGUCCCUCACUCUCCUUUUCUCUGUCUGUUCCUAGUGCUAAAAUAUCUGGUAUUUCACCCCUUGAAACCUACUCACAUCUGUGGUUCAUUCCAAGGACGGUCUCCCACAGGCUUGGCACUGGCUUUCAGCUAGAUGUUAUGAUGGUGAGAAGCUGGCCGCUGGUUCCCAUUAGGUCGCCCUCUUCCCAGACCUGCCCUGUUGGUCCCUGGGCAUCUGGACUGUGCAGGCUACUAGGUUUGGGUAGGUGUCCCUGGAAUCUCUGGGGCCUUUGCUCCUGAUUUUGACACUGCGUUUGCGAUCUUUUCACAAGGUACUUGAGGGACUUUAGAUACUUUUUCUAAUUUUUUCUGUUCCAAACCUUCCCCCACAGUGUUCAGAAAUUUAUCAAAGCCUUCUCAGAACCCCCAGUGGCUACUCCAGUACUUCUGAAGCUCUGUAAGCCCAGGGUUCUUCCUUCCAAGCAGAGCCUUAAUGUUCAUGUUGGGACCCAGGCCACAUGUGCGGAUGGCAGCCGUGGUGUCUAUCCCUAAAGGGCUGUGGACAUGAAUUUGUGUUUCCAAUGAUCUCUGCUGCCCACGUGUGUGACUUUCCUGUUAUCCAAUGGUAAUCUAAGAGUAAAAUGUAAACAUUUAUUUUAUUAUAUAAAUUUAUAAGAUGUUUUAUGUUUCAUGCCUAAUUUCUAGAAAGUGCCAGAAAAUAUAUAUUAACUAUUUUGAUUUUAUGUACAAUGAUUUAUACUCUUAAUUUGAAAGGACACCAUAAAGCACAUAAGCUAGAUCAUUGAUCUAGCGGCUUUUAGUCUUUUCUCUAACAAGUAAUACAACCUUGAAGACCUGUAACGACUCAACUUUCCAAACGGCACUGGGAGCUCCAGAUCCCAGACCCCCAGACCACUGGUGGCGAAAUGCAGUAAGGGAAAAUCAGCGUGUCGGUGGUUAUGAUGGACAUUGCCGAAACAGUGUUAAAAACAGAACCAAGUCCGCCUUGGGAAUCUUGAACUUCCUGAAUGUUGCAGACUUUCAUUCAAAGCUGGUAACGCCUCUAGGAACACCAGUGGCGGUGUCCACACUACAGCACUUGACAUGCAAACUGCCCGCUAGGCUUUUGUUUUUCUUCAUUUAACAGAAACCAGGGGCUGAAGUCGUUCCGAUGAAAAGUUCUGCCUGGUUUGAAUUUAGUCAUCUCUAGAUCCUCCAAGGCCAACAUGGGAAACGGUGCUCACUUCUCAUUUCAAAAGGAGCCUAGCCAAAGUGCAGACAGGAAGCCUUCCUGCACAGAAACAGACAAAGAGGGAGGCCAUUCCCCCACUGCCGUGCCAUCUGACUCUAAUGACUUAAUAAUCAUGCUGUUUUCCCUUCUUGUGACAGAGAGUGUGACUGAGGGGGUGAAGUGACCACCGGCUUGUGGCCUGUGUUUCCAUCCUGCUGCACUCAUAAACUGUUUCUGUCACUGCUGUGUACCACGCUUGUGGGAUUGCAAACUCAACUCUCUUAGGUGGUGUCCGUCAGCCCAAUCCACCCAUGGCAAUGCCACACAGAUAAGCCUAACCACUGCCGAUCAGGUCACAGCAGGGGACCACCAGCCCCAGGAGCGGCAGAGGGCAAGGAUCCUCCACAAACACUGAUUUCCACCGCUAGGUAUUAAUGAGUUGACCCAAGUGUCUCUCGGGUCAUACGUGUCCCCUUGGCACGUGGUGCCACCCAUGACACAGGGCACAUUCCUAGCCUUGUGCUUACCAUAGCACCAUUCUUCACAGGCACCUUACGGCUCAGAAGUUUGAUUGUGUCUUAUACAAAGUCUUAACUUAGCAGGGAAGCUGGUGUGGUCUCUAAAGUAUAAAACUCUGUAGAGACAAGUUCAUUAUCAAUAAGCAUGUCGUCUUGAAAUCUCGUCGUCAGAAUGUCCCCAGAGUUUUCAAAUAUAUAUGCAAAACAGUCAUAAAAUAUGCACUCUCCUGGUUUGAGAACCAUGAAUAAGUUGUGACAGAUCGUAUCUUAAGUGUGCUUUACAAGGCCCUUGACACAAGUUCCAAGAGAAUAAGCAGUCGCUGAGGAGUGGGGAGGAGCAAGCAAGGAAGGCAGCUCGGCCCAGCUGAGCUUCAGGGACAUAAUCAGUGUAUAUUGGUUGGUGUCUCAUCAUUGUUUGACUUGGUUAUCCAGGGUCUUUUCCUUUCGUUUUGUUCUAACUCUUUGCUCUUUGACUUGGUUCAAAUUCUGUGUUCCUGUCUGAGCUGGACAGAUCCUGUGGUCUGUUCUAAAGUCUUAACCUAAAUGUUACAGAGUUUAAAUGUAUGAAAGUCAUAAUCAAAGCAGACUGCCCCGUAUACAGAAACAGUCACCGCUGGCAUCCACAGUGUGUGUCUGGUCAUACCCAGCUUGCGGGAAAUUAUCUACAAAGAGAAAAAUAAAUCAUAAGAUUUGUUUCUUUAAAUCAGAAGUAUAAUUCUAUCUAGAAGUAGCUAUUUCUUUAAAUACUUUUAAAAGUCCUUGAGGAAAGCAUUUUGUACUACUUCACAUACUUCCCAAAUGUAAAUCAUGAGAAAGCAUAGACUGUCUUAUGUGAAAUGUUUAAGAAACUCUAAAAGAAGGUCAUUUUUAUAAACAUGUUGGCUGCAUAUGUUUGACUUGUCCUUAUCUAAAUCAUAUCAUUAAGUUUCUAAAACUUCUAAAUAAUACUAGUCAUCUUUGUGAGAAAGAAGUUCAUGGUUGUUCUACAGUAAAUUCAACAGAAUUGGAUUCUCCCACAGUAAAUUCGAAUUGAGUGCUAAAUAACAAUAACACAGAACUAAAAUCUCACCAGCAUUCCAGAGUACUUCUCUUACUUGCUUUUCACCAGUAUAAUUAGAACAGCCCCCCUUCACCAGCCAUGAACUGUACGUAUACACACAUGUGUAUGUAUGUGCAUAUGUAUGUAUUCUGUCUUGCUGGCUCUGGCACUAAUUAGGCUGCGCUCUAUUAUAUGUUUGGUAAGUUUAUCGUACCAGUGUGAUGAGCUUGUGGCAGAGCAGCAGAAUUCAAAGAAACUAUUCUCCAUCCGUUUCAUUUGGUAAUUAUGGACGCCUUCCUCGGCUGCUUCCACUUAGCUUUCCCAAUGAAUACCUCCAGAUUUUAAUUCUCCCGGUUGGCAAACAAUGCUGUCUGAAGAUGCCUUUGUUAUACUUGGGACCCAAUGCAUAUUCAGUCUGAGAAAAGACUGUGAACAGGUGUACUACUCCGUGUGUGUCAAGGAAGAGAGAAAGCCAAAAGCAACAAAAGAGAAACCCUGAGCCGGGCUGCAGGCUAGGUGGCCUCCCAGGUGCCGAGGCUAGCGAUCACACAGGGGAUCUAUUUUAUUCCAAGCACCUGCAGCAGGAGGGACAAAGUCUGACUUGUGACCAUGCAGUGGCUGAUUCCAGACUGAAGCAGGAUUUUGUAAAUGGGUAGAUGACACUGAUCCCAAUGCUCCUUGUGAUAGAGAAUAGGAAUCCCUGUGAUCUCAGGGUGCAUUCUUCUGAAAGGGUUGGUUUCUGGUGCACAGACAUCUUAGAGCUGGCUGCUGGAGUCAGUCUGUAUUGAGGGUUAUUUCCUGGAAACCCUGACAGGUAUAUAAUACUGGGCCAAGGGGAUAUUGAAAGUGUAAUGUUGGGUGUUAGUGAGUAGCUGAUGUGAAAAUAGGAACAUGUCUGGACAGAAUCAAAUGUGGAUUUAUUUACAGUAGCCUCUGCAUCCUUCCUUGCUGGGGCCCAUAUCUUCCUCAGAGCAUUAUUCCUAACAGAGCAUCAAACAAGCUGAAAACACUUAUACUACAAGUAUUUCACUUAAAGACAUCAGGAUAGAACCCAGGAAAAUUAUUUUUAUCUGGAAUUAGGAAAUAAAAUGUUAAAAAUCAUGGUCCAAAAGAGAAAGAAUAUUUGUAUAGUUUUUUAAUCCUAUUUUUGCUCAUU